AUGGGGCGUGGUCAUGGGCGGGACUGAGGCCGGGGCGGGGCCGACCCCUGCCGGCCCGGAAACGCGCCGGCGGGAACCAGCUCCCCAGUGAGCGGCGCGGACGCCGAGGACUGCAGGUGCCCCAGGCUUUGCCUGCUUAGGCUUGCCUGGCAAGCUGGGACAUGCUUGCCCCUGAAGGACCAUCCCCGGAUGAUGGCUGCAGCAGUGGAGGGGCUGGAGGCGGAGGAAGGGGCUGCUGCAGAAGACACAGCAAGACUUGUGGUGGAGGCUGCAGAUGCCCAACCUGGGACUUCUCCUGUCUUGGCUGGAAAUUGGUUGAACUUGGACCUGUACCCUGGGGGCUGCCACCGGCUGCUGCACCUGUGUGCCCAGCAGCCCUCACCACUACUGCAGGUGGAGUUCUUGCAGCUGAGCACCCACGAGAACCCUGGGCUGCUGGAGACCACGCUGGCCCAGGUGCCCUGGAGCCAGCUGCGCCUCCGCUCUCUGAUCCUCAAAGGAGGGCAAAGCCGGGGCGCCCUGGGUGUCUGCCUCCAGGGCACCCUGACCACACUGCCCGCUGGCCUGAGUGGCCUGGCCUUCCUGGUCCACCUGGAUCUGAGCUUCAACAGCCUAGAGACACUGCCAGCCUGUGUCCCACAGCUGCAUGGCCUAGGCUCCCUCCUUCUGUCUUAUAACCGCCUGUCGGAGCUACCUGAGGCCCUGGGGGCCCUGCCUACCCUCACCUUCCUUGCUGUGACACACAACCACCUGCAGAGGCUGCCUACAGCACUGGGGGCACUGGUCACUCUGAAAUGCCUUGACCUCUCUGAAAACCUUCUGGACACUGUGCCUCCAGAGAUCGGAGGCCUGAGCAAUCUGAGUGAGCUCAAUCUGGCCUCCAACCGGUUGAGGAGCCUCCCAGCUUCCCUUGCUGGGCUACAGUCCCUGCAGAUCCUUGUUCUGCACAGCAAUCUCCUGACCUCAGUGCCUGCUGGCUUGGCCCACCUCCCGUUGCUCACACGGCUGGAUCUGAGGGACAACCAGCUCCAGAACCUGCCCCCUGACCUACUGGAUACCCCCUGUGUGUGCCUGGAGGGGAACCCCCUGGGAAAAGCCUUGCCAGCCGCUCCUAGCCCCCCAGGGAUACCCCAAGACCUGGAGAUGCCCACUCUAUUCCUGACUUCAGAUGUGGACAGCUUUCCUGUAACCCCACAAGGCUGCUCUGUGACUCUGGCCUGUGGUGUCCGCCUGCAGUUCCCAGCUGGGGCUACUGCAGUGCCUGUCACUAUCCACUAUCGACUGUGGCUGCCAGAGCCAAGCCUUGUCUCCCUAGGUCCUCAUGAUUCUCUGCUCAGUGGUGUCCUGGAGCUGUGGCCCCACGGUGUGGCCUUCCAGCAGGAUGUGAGUCUGUGGCUGCUCUUUGUCCCACCACGUGCCCGUCGUUGCCAUGAGGUGGUGGUCAGGACUCGGAGUGAGGACAGCUGGCAGGACCUGGAGACCCACCUGGAGGAAGAAGCCCCAAAGCGCCUCUGGGCUCGCUGCCAGGUGCCCCACUUCUCCUGGUUCCUUGUGGUUUUACGUCCUGUGUCCAAUGCCUGCCUGGUGCCACCAGAGGGGACACUGUUAUGCUCCUCAGGUCAUCCUGAGGUCAAAGUCAUCUUUCCUCCAGGGGCCACCGAGGAGCCUUGUCAUGUUUCCAUGCAGGUGGUACGAAUAGCCAGGAGGGAGCUUCGAGCCCUCCUGAGGGAACCAGAGGCUGCUGUGAGCCCCCUGCUGUGCCUCACACAGCGUGGCCCUGCUGGCUUCCUCUGCCCAGUCACUGUGCAGCUGCCCCUACCUCCUGGUAUCACAGCCCGCUGCUUCUCUUGUCCAGGCUUCAGUCUGGACCGCUCCCAUCUGUACCUGCUGUACCGGGCCCCUCCUGCAGCCACCUGGGAUGACAUCACAGGCCAGGUGCCUUUGGAGCUUACCCAUCUGUAUGCACGCUUCCAGGUCACACAUUUCUCCUGGUACUGGCUGUGGUACACCACCAAGACCUGCGUGGAGGGCCUGGCACGCAAGGCCUGGGAGAGACUUCGGCUUCACCAGGUCAACCUCAUUGCUCUGCAGCGCCGCCGGGACCCUGAGCAGGUGCUGCUGCAGUGCCUGCCCCAGAACAAGGUCGAUGCUACUCUGAGGCGGCUGCUGGAACGCUACCGUGGCCCUGAGCCCUCUGACACUGUAGAGAUGUUUGAGGGCGAGAAGUUCUUUGCUGCCUUUGAGCGGGGGAUCGAAGUGGAUGCUGACCGCCCGGACUGCGUAGAGGGCCGGAUCUGCUUUGUCUUCUACUCACACUUAAAAAAUGUGAAGGAGGUGUACAUCACCACUUCUCUGGACCGGGAGGCUCAGGCUGUGCGAGGCCAGGUGUCCUUCUACCGUGGCUCAGUGCCAGAGGAGGUGGCUCUGGAGGCCGAGGCUGCACGGCAGAGGAAGGCUGCUGAUGCCCUGUGGAUGGCCACCCUGCCCAUCAAGCUGCCGAGACUUCGGGGAUCUUUGGGGCACAGACAGGGACCUGGCCUCUCCCUGGUGCCCCUGAACCUGGGUGAUGCCGAGACUGGCUUUCUGACUCAGAGCAACUUGCUGAGUGUGGCAAGGCGCCUGGGUCCCGAUUGGCCAGCUGUGGCCCUGCACUUGGGCCUGCCCUAUCAAGAGCUAGAACGCAUCCGGCACAAGUUCCGGGAUGACCUGGAUGGACAGAUUUGCCACAUGCUCUUCUCCUGGGCAGAGCGCCAGGCUGGACAGCAGGGGGCCGUGAGGUGCCUGGUGCAGGCCCUGGAGCAGAGUGACCGGCAGGAUGUAGCUGACGAGGUUCGGACCAUCUUGGAGCUCGGCCGUCACAAGUACCAGGACAGCAUCCGUCGCACGGGCUUGGCACUUGAGGACCCUGCCCUGCCAGGCGCUUCUACUCAGUAGCCCCUAGAGCCUGCUCAGGCCUAGGGCACGGCUGGGAGUUGGCACCAUUAUGCCUAGGCUAAUUGACAGUGCCCCUUGUGUAACAAUCUGCAACAUCCCUGUGCCA